AUGGCUGCUAAGGAUACUGAGGCUCUUCAAAGCCUGCCCCUCCGUCCCCUUGAGGACGUCAAGGACUCCCACCAGUCGGUUGUUAGCAGUGAUGAAGCUAGCCUGACUGGCCCUCAAGAAGCUAUAGACAAUGAACCCAACUCUACUCACCAGGCAGUUGUCGAAGCUGGGAUACCUACUGUAGCUGAUCCUAUAGAGGUCACCGACAGCCAAGCCAAUCCCUCCCACAACCCACGUCUUGACGAUGGAGAAGCAACUGUAACCGAUCCCGUCAAGACUGCAGGUAGCGCGACCGUGUUUAAGCUACAGGCAGCUGUUGACAGUGGAGAAUCCUUCUUGCUUACUCCUGUCCAGGCUGCAGACGACCAAGCCGACUCUACCUCUCAGCCAAUUAUGAGCGAUGGUGACACUACCUUGACUCAACUUAGCCAGGCUGCAGAUGAACAAGCUAAGUUAGCUAACUCUGUGAAUCCGUCUGUUGUUGACGAAGAGAAAAAUAUGGCUACUGUGGAUUUAGUUGCGCCUAAGAGAAAGAAGAAGAGAAAGCCUAAGUCUAAAGCUAAGCACGGAAAGAACAAGCCUACCGGUUUUGAGGAAUACUAUGUCGAUGCACCCAUGACUCCAAAGGAGUAUGAGGAAGAGAAAAAGCUCUAUGACAUUCCUAGUCGCAUCGAGGCCGCCAUCCUGCGAUACCAGAACAAUCGUCGCCUGGAGCCUGAGAGACGCGAGGUCUUCAUGAGGUAUCUAGCAUACGGAGGUGUCGAUGUCGGUCCCAAGAUGUUCACCGGAGUAGAUGAACAAGAGCUCCAGCAACUUGAUAGUGAGCAAGCUCUUAUUGCUAAAGGGCAGGCGAACAUCCGUCAGGCGUGUACGAAGCUUACAGUCGACUUCAACGCUGUUGUGAAGGGGUACCUGACCUCGUACUACCCAUACUUUUUCAAUCCCGAAAGCGAGGACAUGGUGAAGCUAGCCACUGUCACAAUCCGAAAUUUCCUCUCCUAUCUCCUCUACCAUGAGGUAUGCCCCGAGUACAAAGAGAAUAUCGAUGAGGCGCGCAGGUCGUGUGACAUCGCAGCCAAAGAACUGUGGCAGAACCAGGAGUUCGCAACCUCCAGCCCCGGAGAUUUCAACAAGGCCUGCUCUACUCUCUUCGGUGGCUUCUUCUACGAUAUGAAUGUCGAGGAAAAUAAUUGGAAUAACCGAAAGAACGGAAACUUCCUUAUGCGAAACGACGUGGCGCGUAAAGUGGUUAAGUUCGCGAUGGCUGGUUCAGGAACAAAUGCCAUGACCCUUCGAUUCCAGACGUUGGCUAGCCAGAAUUCAUUGCAUUCGACGCUUGUGCCAGAUAUUCACGGCUUCGAGGUGACUGCAGUCUUCCCUCCCACGCUAGAGACUCGUGAAUUCUACCGACACCAUGCACCUGACCUCAACCCUGUUGGACGAAUGGUCGGUAAAGCGUACCGUGAUCCUGGAAAGCCUUGCUAUGACCUAAGUGCAGAGGAAAGACUGUUAUGGGAAACUGGGGCUGCUUCGAUGCCUGAUUUUCAAUUUUUCCUGGAAGAAAGUCUGCUCAAGCUCUGUUAUCCCAAGAUGAAAGUGAUCACGCCAGUGUGGGAACUCAACUCCGGAUUUAACUUCUUUGAAGAUGUUCAUACGGUUUACAGCUCAAGGUAUACUGUUCUCUGCAAUGAUCUUAUGCUGGGCUAUAGCCAGUCGGUCGACUUGACUGAAAAAGGACAGGACGAUGCUGAGAUUGAGGAGUCGAACGGCGAUGGCGUUGAAAAGAAAGAGGUAACGCUGUAA